ACUAAAAUGGCGAUGCAGACGAAUUUUGUUUUUCGCUAAGGUGAAACUACUUAAAACAUGUGUGGUUAAGAGAAGCAUUCCUCUGGAAUGGUGAUUUGUACCUAGACAGAGCCCUUAUUCAUGUGCUCCUGGGUUCCCGUGACAAGUUUGGCUACUGCUAUGUUGUGAUCCUCAAUGGCUGUGAGAUUUAAACAAGGGUGAAAGCUGGAGGUGCAAAGGGGAUACAAUGGCUCGUAGUAGCUUGAUGGAUGGUUCAGUGCUGGAGGAUAAGGGGAGACAAGCCAGCACAAGUCAUGGGUUUGGGCGGCCUGCGAGUUUUCCUCGCAGUGGUGACCCUCGAGAGUUUGCCUGUGGGUGGGGGGCUGCUCUUAUUAACAUCACAGUGACUUUCCCGAUCAACAAGACCAUGUUUCGUCAGCAGUUGUAUGGAGUGCGCGCCCACACGGCCAUCAGUCAACUGAAGAAAGAGGGGCUGUCACAGCUGUACCGAGGACUCCUCCCUCCACUUCUGCAGAAGACUACCUGCAUGUCGAUAAUGUUUGGGAUGUACGACUUCUUCCGCGGCACGAUAAACACACACUACCCACAGCUCCGUCCAACAACCAAUCAGGCGGUGGCCGCUGUUUUGGCAGGAUUCACAGAGGCCAUUUUGACCCCGUUCGAGCGAGUUCAGACGUUGAUGCUGGAUAGAAACUACCAACACAGAUUCAAUAACACUCUCCAUGCAUUCAGGGAUAUUAGGCUAUAUGGCUACCGAGAAUUUUAUCGUGGCGUCACGCCUAUUUUAUUUCGGAACGGGGUCAGUAACAUGAUGUUUUUCGUUGGGCGGGAAAGAAUUCAGUUGGCACUGCCUCACUACCGAUCCAAUUCAGCGAUGUAUCUCCAGCAUUUCAUCAGUGGUGCUUUACUGGGUGCUUUUAUAAGCACCGUAUUCUACCCAGUUAACGUGGUGAAGACUAAAAUGCAGUCACAUCUGGGAGGGAAAUAUCACGGAUCCUUCCGAACAUUUUGGUACAUCAUGAAGCAUCGGAACUACAGUGUUAAGAAACUGUUUCGAGGUGUCCAUCUGAACUACACGCGCGCCUUUAUCUCCUGGGGAAUCGUCAACGCUUCGUAUGAACUACUCAGAAGUAUUUUAUACGGCGAGAACAGGGUCAAGUGAAGGGAAUUUGUUGUAAAUAGGAUUUUGUGGGGAUUUAGCUAGAGUAGUUAGCAGCUUCUAAAUUCCCAGAUGUAUAAUUUCCACUGCAUGGCACUGUACAGCUACUGCAGUGAGCAAAGCUGAAAAGUCACCUGCACAGUACCACAGAGUUUUCAGCCUACCACAGCUGCUAUACAGUACUGUGCGGCAGGUAAAGAACCGUGUUGAAUCUUCUAUGUUGUCAUUGAUUUUUGCUUGCUUUGAAUCUUAAAAUGAAUUCCUGUUUAAGAUGCCUUGCCUAUAUAAAUUUACCUACUUCCCUGUGGAAAUCAUGGUAAAACUGUUAAUGGAAUAUUUUUUUGAUCUAAUACGUUUUGAUUUCUUUCUUUUAAAACUAAACAUUUCUGUAUCCCUGGGAACAAUAUCACUCCCCUGGCCUUGUAAAAUGGCCCUCAAAUUGUGCCAAUAAUACUGUCUUGCCCUGACUUUACUUUCUGGUGCAUCAGCAAAACAGAGUUGGAAUUUAUCUGCUUCUAAAUUGAGAUAACCAUGAUGUUAAGUUAGCAUACAACCACAACCUGUUAAAUUAAGAAAGAGACAAUAGUAAUUGGGUAACAGUAGAGAUGGGUGAUUGUAGGUUAAACUAGUGCAUCUAGAUGGAUUUGAUGCGCUGUUUUAAAUUUCUGACAAUGAUUGUAACAUGGUUACGAUGAAUGUCAGCAUGUGAAAAUAUCACGCAGGUCAAACGUUAAAUUUUUGCCAUGGUAACAACUGAUUGUGCGGAAGUAAAGCUGUGUACUGAUUUUGAUUUAUAUAAUCCAAACUUGCAGUUCAUCUUGGCCUGGCCUCAUCCAGACAAUCUGUUAAAUCUUAAAGGACCCAUGAAAUGCCUUUUUUUUUUUUUUUUUUUUUUCUUAUAACGUCCUUCAUGAUGUGGCCUAACAUGU